AUGUUGCUUGGCUGUUUCUUCAUUUCGGCAAUCUUUUACUCAGUGGGAGCUUUCUGGACUCAGAUAAAGCUGGAUCCAGUUCUAUGGGAAGAGCUUCCGCAAACAGAAGAAAACGAACGUAUACUUUCGUGCCAUAAUUACGAACCGCAAACAAAACACCGGUACCAUUGGCGAUUCAACGGCUCAAGUGUUCUGCCAAAAGAAGUUGAAGUGCGAAGAGGAAAGCUUGUCUUCAACCGUAAGUUACAUGCCUAUCGCAACCUGGUAGUUGGAGAAUACAGCUGUUGCAUCCACGAGUCAUUGGGGAAGGCGUGCUAUACCCAGCAGUUGCUGAUAAGAGAUCCUCCACAACAUGUCGGAAUAGACUUAUCCAAAGCACAAAAACUUCAUGCGAAGCUGGGUGACUCUUACGAUAUUCGCCUCAGUGAUACCAAGGAUUACGACGAAGUGCAUUGUAAAUUCAACAAUCAAACGAUACCUAGUAAUGUCCAAUACUUUAAAUCAAAGGAUAAGCGAGGCAAGUAUUAUCAAAUACGAAUCCGGCACUUUAUGCAGGAGAAUGUUGGCCAAUAUGCAUGUUUGCUAAAACUGAAGGAAAAGGAAAUAGUUUCGAAGGAAUUUGCAGCCACUCUCGAGCCAGAUCCUGUUUCUUCUUCUUCUAGUUUUUUGUCAUCUAUUUACUACGCUUUGUUAUUGUUUGCGUUUGCAUGCAUGUACAUUACUGUGUAA